AUGUCCUCCUCCUACGCCAAGAACGGGACCGCGGACGGGCCGCCCUCCCCCACCGCGCAGGUGGCCCGCGGCACCACGACCCGGAGGAGCAGGUUGAAGAGAUCCGAUGGCAGCACCACUUCCACCAGUUUCAUUCUCAGACAGGGUUCAGCAGAUUCCUAUACAAGCAGGCCAUCUGACUCCGAUGUCUCUUUGGAGGAGGACAGGGAAGCGAUUCGGCAGGAGAGGGAGCAGCAAGCAGCUAUCCAGCUUGAGAGAGCAAAGUCCAAACCUGUAGCAUUUGCCGUGAAGACGAAUGUCAGCUACUGUGGCGCCCUGGAUGAGGAUGUGCCUGUUCCAAGCACGGCCAUCUCCUUUGAUGCAAAGGACUUUCUACACAUUAAAGAGAAAUAUAACAAUGAUUGGUGGAUAGGAAGGCUGGUGAAAGAGGGUUGUGAGAUCGGCUUCAUCCCAAGUCCACUGAGACUGGAGAACAUACGGAUUCAGCAAGAGCAAAAGAGAGGACGUUUCCACGGAGGGAAAUCGAGUGGAAAUUCUUCUUCAAGUCUUGGAGAAAUGGUAUCAGGGACAUUUCGAGCAACUCCUACAUCAACAGCAAAACAGAAGCAAAAAGUGACGGAACACAUUCCUCCUUACGAUGUUGUGCCAUCGAUGCGUCCGGUGGUGCUAGUGGGGCCGUCACUGAAAGGUUAUGAGGUAACAGAUAUGAUGCAGAAAGCCCUCUUUGAUUUCCUGAAACACAGGUUUGAUGGGAGGAUAUCAAUAACAAGAGUGACAGCUGACAUUUCUCUUGCUAAGAGGUCUGUCCUAAAUAAUCCCAGCAAGAGAGCAAUAAUUGAACGUUCGAACACCAGAUCCAGCUUAGGUUCUGGUACAUUUUUCUCUUCAGACAAGUUGAGAGUGGUGCAUUUUAAGAAGGCCAAGUUCACAUUGCCCCAGUACUAUGUUUGGGAAGAAAAUGGAUUUUCUUGUCAUCUCCAGGAAAUGUUUGAUGUCAUAUUGGAUGAGAAUCAGCUUGAGGAUGCGUGUGAACAUCUAGGAGAGUACCUUGAGGCAUAUUGGCGUGCUACCCACACAACCAGUAGCACCCCCAUGACCCCACUGCUGGGGAGGAAUUUGGGCUCCACAGCACUCUCACCAUAUCCUACUGCAAUUUCUGGGUUACAGAGUCAGCGGAUGAGGCACAGCAAUCACUCCACAGAGAACUCUCCAAUUGAAAGACGAAGUCUAAUGACCUCUGAUGAAAACUAUCACAAUGAGAGAGCUCGGAAGAGUAGGAACCGCUUGUCUUCCAGUUCUCAACAUAGCCGAGAUCAUUACCCUCUUGUGGAAGAAGAUUACCCUGACUCAUACCAGGACACUUAUAAACCACACAGGAACCGAGGCUCACCUGGGGGAUACAGCCAUGACUCCCGACAUAGGCUUUGAGGCUGCCAAAAGAACAUAAAAAUAUUCA